AUGACGCGCAAAGAGUGGCGCGCCAUGACUACCUGCCUCGCCAUGCUCUGCACCAUCCCAUGCGCAGCGCUCGUCGUCCCGGACCGGCCUGCCGCGCGCGUCGACGCGCGGGACCACGCGGCCAUCGCGGCGGCGCUCGACGCCGGCGAGCCCUUCAUCGCCGCCGAAGCCCUGAGCGCGCGCGACUGCGAGGCCUGGACCGAUGCGCUCAUGAUGCGACUCGGCGACGCGCCCGUCCGGAGGCAGCGCCGCGGCGAGGCGCUGGAGAUGCCGCUGGGCGCCUUCUUCGAGGACGCGCUUACGUCAAGCCACGCAUUACCCUCCUUCCUCUUCGACGAGUUCCUGCUCGACGGCGACGACGACCUCCGCGGCGCCGCCGUCGGCCCGCAACGCGCCAUCUUCGGAGGAGAACGAAGUUGGUUCGACCACUUCCCGGAAAGCCGGCGGCCGCGGGACGGCUGCGUCGUCGGCGCCGGCGCCGGCGCGCGGUCGCCCCUGCACCGCGACCCCUACGACUGGACGGGCACGUCGCUCUGCGUCGAGGGAUCCAAGGUCUGGCGGUUCGCGCUCGACGUAGCCGACGCGGACCUCGGCGCCUACGAGCUCGCGAGCGAGGCCUUCGGCGGCGACAGCGCGGGCACGCAGAGCGACGCGGACCUCUACGCGCGGCGCGUCGGCGACGGCUGGCCCGAGCCCUACGCGUACGACGACGAUCCCGCGCUCGCGGCGACCUGGUCCGCGGCGGCGCGCUUCGCGCCCGACGUCGCGCUGCCGAAGACCGCGCGCUUCGUGACGGCGUUGCAGCGCGCGGGCGACGUCGUCGUCGUACCGCCGCGCGCCUGGCACCAGACCUACGCGCUCGAGCCGAGCCUCGCCGUCGCGUCGCA